AUGGAGAUCCACGGCGACCCGCUCCACCGCACGGCGCUGCCCCCGACGCUCCAGGGCUUCUUCCACGGCCGUGGAGAGGCCUACGACGACGACGUGCCGCGCCAGGAGUUCGGCCAGUUCGCCAGCCUGCUCGGGAGGGCGCCCGCCGCGGCGCCGGUCAUCGACCCUUCCUUCCCCUUCAUCACCAGGGUUCUGCCGUGGACGGACCACAUCUUCCUCCUGGACUCGCGCAACGGGCUCCUCCUCUUCGGCCACCUCUCCCCGGACGCCGACGACACGCCACCGGAGCUGGACUACAUCGUGUGCAACCCGGCGACGGAGCAGUGGGUGGCCGUGCCCGGCUGCGGCUGCGUCGACGACGACCUCAGCCUCAUCAUGCUCACCACGCACGUCUCCCUCCUCUUCGACCCGGCCCGUUCCUCCCAUUUCCACCUGGUCCUCUUCUGGGACGAUCUUGACAUUGAUGGCACGACACUGACCACAGUCCACACAUACUCGUCGGAAGCUGGGGUUUGGAGCCACAGCGAGGAAGAUUGGAGUGAGGAAGAAAGGCAAGGGCCAUUGGAAGAGUGGAGGCGCCGUGACAUGCUCACUGACAGCUCCAGCCUCUGUGGGUCCUCGAGAGCCAUGGUCGAUGGCCUGCUGUACUUGAUCCUGGGGAGGGACCAGAUAAUCCAAGUGGAUGUGCAAGGGAAGACACGGCGAAUCAUCCCGGCGCCUUUGGCUCGUGUGGAUUCAGAAACCUAUGUGGUGUUCGUGGGUCAAUCCCAGGGGCUUCUGCAUUGCAUUGUGGAAGAAGGUCAUGAAGGUGCCCCAUCUCCGCUGGCCAGUGAUGAUCCUCGCAUGAGAUGGGGCUAUGGGCUCUCGGUGUGGGUUCUUCAGGGCUCGGACUCAGAUAUGCAACAGUGGACCUUCAAGCACAGGAUGACCAAUCAGCAGCUCUUCGGGAGGAUCAGUUGUCGAUGCAUGCUCGACUACCAUGUGGUCACCAUGCAUCCAGAUUGCAACCUGAUCUUCUUCGUCCAGCACCGGGAUGCCCGAUUGAUAUCGUAUGAUAUCGACCGGCAGGAAGUGCGAGCUCUCCAUUCCUUUCAGCAUGACUUUGGGCCAAUUACUCUAUUUAAUCGCCUUACUCUGACUCCUUAUGUUCCGUAUUUGUCGGAGCUGUUUCUCGGAGUCAUUGGUGCUCAUAAGCAAUAG